AAAUCGAAUCGAGAUCGGAAACCCUAACCUAAAAUAAAACCUAAUUGUCAAUAAUUAUUUAUUUAUACAUAACAAUAAGAUAUUUUUUGAUAAUUGCUUUUUUAUUUGUAUAAUGGUCAGCAUAAAUAAGUCAUUUUUUUAUGGAAUAGGUGUAGCUUCUAUUACCUGGUUAAUGUCUUUGUGUUUUUAUUUCCAAUUAAUUAAACAUGAUAAUUUAAAUACAGUUUUCCCCACAAAUAAUUUAGAAAGUCACAAUAGUUCUCAUCUUUUAAAAGAUGAUAUGAAUGACAUAGGCCUAAUAAAAACUACAGAAGAUCAAAGAAUAAAAGAUGAAGGUUAUAAGAUACAUGCCUAUAAUACUCUUGUUAGCAACAGAUUGAGCCUUAAUAGGACCAUACCAGACACUAGAAAUAUUUUAUGCAAGAAUAAAAUUUAUAUGGACAAUCUACCUAAAGCAAGCGUAAUUAUUUGUUUUUAUAAUGAACAUUUAAGAACUUUACUCAGAACGGUACAUUCCAUUAUAAACAGAACUCCUAGUAAUAUGUUACAGGAAAUAAUUCUUGUAGAUGAUGAAAGUGAUAUUCAAGACUUAUAUAAAAACUUAAGUACAUAUAUUAAUAAACAAAAAUUAGUUAACGUAAAACUAUUUAAGACUGAUAGAAGAGAAGGACUUAUAAGAGCGAGGUUGUUUGGGGCUAGAAAAUCUCAAGGACAGGUAUUAUUAUUUUUGGACAGCCACGUAGAAGUAAAUGUUGGCUGGAUAGAACCACUAUUAGAACAAAUACAAAAAAAAAGAUCAAACGUUGUGAUGCCAAUCAUUGAUAUUAUUAAUCCAGAUACAUUCAUGUACUCAGCUAGUCCACUGGUAAGGGGCGGCUUCAACUGGGGACUGCAUUUUAAAUGGGAAAAUCCACCCACAGGUACUUUGGAGACAAAAGAAGAUUUUAUUAAACCAAUAAAGUCGCCAACCAUGGCUGGUGGUUUAUUUGCAAUAGAUAAAAAAUAUUUUAUAGACAUUGGUGAAUACGAUGCUGGUAUGAAUAUAUGGGGAGGAGAAAAUUUAGAAAUAUCAUUUAGAAUUUGGAUGUGUGGUGGAUCUCUAGAACUUGUACCAUGUAGUAGAGUGGGACAUAUUUUUAGACAUAGAAGACCAUAUGGAUCUCCAGAUGGAAAAGAUACCAUGUUGUAUAACUCAUUAAGAGUAGCUCAUGUUUGGAUGGAUAGUUUUAAGGAUUUCUUUUUGAAUCAACGUCCGGAUGCCAAAAAUUUCGACUACGGUGAUAUUUCAUCGCGUUUGCAACUUCGCAAAGAGUUAAAAUGCCACGAUUUCGAUUGGUACUUAACGCAUAUCUACCCGGAACUACCUCUACCGACCGAAGAGGGAGAGCGUUUGAAAAAGAAAUGGUCAGCUUUAGAGAAAGACAAAUUUCAACCGUGGCAUUUAAGGAAAAGAAAUUAUGUUGAUCAGUAUUCUAUACGUUUGAGUAAUAGUAAUUUGUGUGUAUCGAGUGUGAAGGAUAUUAAGAUCAAAGGAAGUGGCUUAGUUUUGAAACCAUGUAAAUCAGGUAAAAAUCAAAUAUGGUAUGAAACGGACAAAAACGAACUAGUUUUGGCUCAAUUACUUUGUCUUCAAUAUGGCAAAGCAAAUCCAAUCUUAUAUAAAUGUCAUGAAAUGGGCGGAGAUCAAGAAUGGAAACAUAAAGGAGGGAAAGAAACAGCUAUAUACAAUUUAGCAGCUGGAACGUGUCUUGCAGCCGAAAAUAAGUCCAUCAACUCUGCAGUUUCGAUGAAGAUAUGUUCAAAUCCUGAGCUUGCAACUUGGGACUUGGUCAGAUAAAUAAAAAUAUUUAUCUGUUUGAAAUUCAGAACACGAGAAUCUGUGAUAAAGAUGUAAAUAAUUUUAAGGCAACUCUAGGUUUUAUGGGACGUUUAAUAAUAAUAACAAAUUUUAAAACUUCUGGUAUUUGUUGCAUCAAUAGUGAUGGGAAAUCCCAGAUAAUUUUGAAGAUCUGAGUCAACGAAUCUUUAAAUCAGUUGAUAUUGCUCUCUUCAGGUUUGUCCAUUGAAGUGGUUCUUCUGCAUUUACAAUGGGCAUAACUACUUCCUAUUUUAUGUGGUGUUGUAUCAGCCCACAGAAUCUCACAAC